AUGCAGAAGACAAGAAAUUGGUAUAAAAAGCCAGGUGCCGAGGAAUCUAUAUUGAUCCGGCUGUCUUCCGACCUAAAAGACGGUCGACAGUUUUUAUUGUGUUUCAGAGUGGCCUCUGACAAGCUUUUCUGGUCUCCGGACAAGCAUUCAACUCGGAUGAAUGCUUACGCUAAAAAUGUGUACCAGGAUCAAAGGCCAAGGAUUAGGCCAGGGAUUAAGAAAAGGGAUAGGCCAGGGAAAGGCAAUCGCGCGCCAGCAGUUACGGACCAGACUCCGUCGGUAAAUCGUAUUUAUUCGAGUCCAGCAAUGGCGGCUCUAUUAAGGCCCUACUCAAAAAUACCUGACAUUAGACAUGAGAAACGGGCCGGGCCGGCCUGUAUGUUAGGCCCGGCCCGUUCGAAAUUUUACUCAAGGCCGGCCCGACCCGUUUCUCAUGUCUACCUGACAUGGGAAGGUACUUAAACCAGAAAUCGACUUUGGGACGAGACCUUUAUAUUAUGAAAGCCUUGUGCUCGCUGAGUACGAAUCUGAAAGCCGUUUUUCCGUAUGGCUCUUCGUUUUCGAGAAAAUCGAGUUUAAAGUUUGACCCAAAUCGCAUUAAAAAAGCGCUCCGCAAAGGCUCUCGCAAAAAACAAAAGAGAAGCAAGUGGCGGCGUGGCGCAGAGGUAGAGCGCUUGCCUUCUAGUUUUAACCAUGCAGGUUCGACACCGGACAGGCUAGUUUCAUUUUUCAACAAGUUUCAAUUAUGAAAAUUUAUGCAAAUCAUAACGAAACAUUAAAUGUUUUUGCAAUUUUUAUUUUGAUGUUUGGACACAAUUAACGGAUCUAGUAGGCCUAUUGUGAAGAUUGCAAAUUAUAAGUUUAGAAACUUUUACUAAAUUAUCAUUUUUCAGUUUCGGAAUAAUGGACUAGUCGCCCUGGGGUUGGCGCUGGCAACGCUAGGUCUCGGUACGGGAAUUACAUACCUGAUGAAGUAA